AUGCAGGGCUGCAGGGCCCGGCUGGUUUGGCUGCUGGUGCUGUCGCUGGCCUGGCUGGGUCCGGUGUUGGGGGGAGAGGAGGAGGAUGGGGAGGUGGUGGCAGAGGAGGAGGAGGAAGAAGAAGAGGAGGACGUGGUCUCGGAUGAGCUUGGGGAGGAGGACGGUGUCCUGGUGCUCCAUGAGCACAAUUUUGCCCGUGCCCUGAGCGAGCACCGGCUGCUGCUGGUGGAGUUCUGUGAGUGUCCCCCUUCGGCGGGCAGGGCCGCCGCACUGAGGAACGAGUCCAGCCCGGUGCGGCUGGGUAAGGUGGAUGCCACGGCGCAGGCGGCCCUGGCCAACGAGUUUGGCAUCACCUCCUACCCCACGCUCAAGCUCUUCCGUGAUGGCAACCGCACCCACCCCCUUGCCUACACCGGUCGCAUGGACACCGAAGGCAUCGUGCGCUGGAUGCGGCGCCGGGCUGGCCCCAGCACCACGCUGCUGCAGGACACGCUGGUGCUGCGGGAGGGCUCCCGGGCGCCCGCCGGUGCCUUCCGGGGCGAGGUGCUCUUUGUGGUGGUGGACGUGACCGGGUAUGGUGCCGAUGUCCUGCCCUUCUUUGGCCUGACGCCCGCUGAAAUCCCCACCCUGCGCCUAGUCAAGAUGGAGAACAACCGCAAGUACCGGAUGGACCAGGACUCCUUCUCGGACACAGCCAUACGCACCUUCGUCCAGGCGGUGCUGGACGGCAAGGUGAAGCCCCACCUGCUGAGUGCAGACCCCCCGGAGGACUGGGAUGCACGGCCCGUUAAGGUCCUGGUGGGGAAGACCUUCGAGCAGGUGGCAUUCGACGAGACCAAGAACGUCUUCGUCAAGUUCUGGAAGUACGCGCCGUGGUGCUCCCACUGCCAGGCCAUGGCCGCUGCCUGGGAGGAGCUGGGUGAGCGCUACAAGGACCACGAGGACAUCGUCAUCGCCGAGCUGGACGCCACGGCCAACGAGCUGGAGACCCUCACCAUCAACGGCUUCCCCACCCUGCACUACUUCCCCGCAGGGCCGGGCAGGAGGGUGCCCGAGACCCCCGAGAACAGCACAGACGGCGAGGAGCCGAGUCCACCCGGGACGGCCGAAACGCGGGACGAGCUGUGA